AUGGCUUGUGGAUCGAAGGCCGGCCGAGUCUCUCGCGAUGAGAACUGGAUCGACGAAUUCGACGAACUCGGAAGCGGUCCGGAAGGACGCGGUUCCGGGGGUGGAGGUUGUAGCUACUACAGCUACUAUUAUCCUUGCUACGAAUCCGGGACGACGACGGGAGUCGGGAGCGCCGUUCGGGGAGUCUACGCUUGGUUCGCGCGCCUCUUCGCCGACUGGUUUUCUGGGAGGUCGCAGGCGGAGCGGGGAUCGUUUCGGGCGGUGUACCGCGAAGCUCAGGACCCGAUCCCAAGACUUCGGCUGUCGGCUGGAAACUCGGGCUCGGGGGACUCGGGCUCGGGGGACUCGGGCACGGGGGACUCGGGCUCGGGGGACUCGGGCACGGGGGACCCGGGCUCGGGGGUGGGCGUCGGGGAAGCCCCUUUCAACGUCCUUCUGCACGUUUUCUUCCCUGCUACCGGGUGGCGGACGUGCGCAGGUACCGUCAUCAACGAGGGGAACGUCCUUACUGCUGCCCACUGUCUCACGAACCGGUACGAAGAAUCCUUGGGAGGCUACGUGAUUGCGGGAAAAACGCAUAACCAAACCGUGGAGCCCGGAUCCUUGGGACAGGUGAAACGGUUCAGGUCCUUCGCCUAUCACAGAAACUGGAACCCGAGCCGGCCGUCGAGAGGAUUCGACAUCGCGAUCGUUCAUCCGGAAGGAGGCUUCGUCCUCGGCGAUUUCCUCCAGCCGAUUUGCAUUCCGGACUCGGACGGGGAUGACACGAGUGGAUGCGGGAACUACGUCUUCGGCUUGGAGGAGGCUCGUGCCGAUGAGGAUCCGAAGCUGAAGAGACUGGACGCCACCGUGGAAGGUUCCUGCUCCGCGCUCGGGGCGCUGCUGCCCGGAGGGAUGCAGCGGGAUCGGCGCCUCUGCGUCCGACGGAGGGAGGCCGGGCAGGGAUCAUGUGGAGUGGGUGGUGGCUCGCCCCUGGUGACGGAUUACCGUGGGCGAUUCUUCCAGACCGGGAUCAUGUCCGUUUGCUCGGCCGGCGACAGGUCCGUUCCCUUCACCAGGGUCUCCCGCUUCGCCGAGUGGAUCCGAGCCAACCUGAAAUGAGGCUUGGUCCGCGGACUUCGAGGACAUCCAGGGACAUUAUCGGCGCUGGACUCCUUUUAAUAUCUGGGUCAAACUUGCUCCUGUAUUAUUAUUUUUUGCACCUGCACGGAACCUUUCACUCUUUUGCUUAUUUAUUCCACGUUCAUCAUUGCACGUUCAACGGGAUUCAUUUAGAGAGUGAAUGCUUCAAUCAGUCAAAAAGCCAAUAAAAGUUUGUUUUUCUGGUGUAUUCGUACCGCCCAAACCAUAUGGCAAUUAUAUGCCAC